AUGAAGUUCGGCUCAACACUCAUAGCCGUGGUCGCUGCCGUAGCAGGGACCGCUGCAAAAGACUAUGGCGGCGUGCCAGGUCAACCUAUCCAAAAGAGCGGAAAGGGAGCUGUCUUCUCUGGUGCCACCAACCCUAAUCUCGAUCUCCAAAAUCCAAGCAACAUUAACGGCCAGCCCGCUACUGACAAUGGCCUCAUCCCAAACCUCAAAUGGAGCUUCUCUCUUUCUAAAACCCGUAUGUUCUAUGGCGGCUGGAUUCGUGAGCAGGUUAUCCAGGAUCUGCCUACCAGUCACGAUAUUGCGGGCGCCCAAGUUCACUUAACUAAAGGCGGAAUCCGACAAAUGCAUUGGCACAGAGUUGCUGAAUGGGGUUACGUCUAUACUGGCGCCAUCUUGGUGUCUGCUGUCUCUGAGGAUGGCAAAUUCCAGAUCGACAAGCUUACCCCUGGUGAUAUCUACUACUUCCCCAAAGGAGCUGCCCACUCCUUCCAAGGUCUUGAGGACGAGAAUGAGGUUCUUGUCGCUUUCGAUGACGGCGACUUCGACCGUCGUGGAACUACUUUCCAGAUUGCCGACUGGAUCUCCCACAACCCAAGGGAAAUACUGGCUAAAAAUUUUGAUAUCCCAAUUGGCUCCUUCGAUAAGACUUCUCGCCAUGAUUACGAGAUUAUCAACUCUACCACAACUAGUACCCGCAACGUCACUGGCCCAAAUGGCACUCUUAUGGGUAACAGCUCUUAUACCUUCCAUAUUCGAGAUGCUCAAGAACUUCAAAUCCCUGGUGGCGGCGGUACUAUCCAGAUUAUCGACUCCAAGAACUUUCCUAUCUCUAAGACGGUCGCCUGUGCUAUUGUCCGUCUAAAGCCUGGCGCCUUGCGUGAGCUUCACUGGCAUCCAACUGCUGAGGAAUGGCUCUACUUCCAUAGCGGAAACGCCCGUGCUACUGUCUAUGUCGGAGGUGGUCAAGCCCGUACCUUUGACUUCACCGCUGGGGAUACUGGUGUUUUCCCAACUAACACCGGUCACUAUGUUGAGAAUACCUCCAAGGACGAAGAACUCGUUUAUCUUGAACUCUAUAAGGCUGAUCGUGUUGCCGAUGUGUCCCUCAGUCAAUGGCUCGCGCUUACACCACACGAUAUUGCUGCCGCCGCAAUUAACGUUCCAAUCGAAGUCAUUGAUAUGCUAAAGAAGGAGAAACAAUAUAUUAUCGAGUAA